AUGGAGCUAGUCACAGUGACGGCAGCAAUGGGGAGCCUGCUCCCAGCGCUGGCCGAGCUGCUGAGGGAGGAGUACGCGCUGCAGGAGGGCGCAAGGGCGCGGGUCAGGCAGUUCUCCGGUGAUCUCAAGCGCAUGCGCGCGGCGCUCUGCUCGGCGGCCGAGACGCCGCUCCGGCCGCCGCCGCCGGCAUCAUUCAGACUCUGGGCACGCGACGCGCGCAGGCUGUGCCACGACCUGGAGGAUGCCGUCGACGACUUCCUCCUCCUCCUGCGCGGCGUCGCCAGCCCUGGGCACGCCGCCGACCAGGAGGACAUGCUGAUCCGCCCCAUGGCCAAGGUGGCCGAUCACCUGCUACGCCAUCGGAUGUUCUCCGACGCCAUCGCUGAGCGGCAACCCCGAGAUGACACGCCCACCGAGCAUGAUCCACCGCGUAGAAAGGCAGCGUCGUCGACGAGGCUCGUUGGCAUCGAUGGACCGAGGGACGAGGUCACAGAAAUGCUGUCCAUGGGGGAUCAAAGCAAGCUGAGGAUCGUCUCCAUCUUCGGAUUUGGAGGAUCCGGGAAGACAACGCUAGCGAAAGCAGUCUACGACAAGCUUAGGCCGGGCUUCCAGUGCGGGGCUUUCGUUACGGUCGGUCGGAACGGCCAUGACAUGAGCAGAGUUUUCAGGGAUAUUCUCCAUCAUCUUGACAGGAAAGACUUCACCAGGUUAAAGAUGGUGAAUUUGGAUGAAAAGCAGCUUAUUACCAAACUUCAGGAAUACCUUCAGAGCAAGAGGUAUUUUAUCGUAAUUGAUGACUUAUGGCAUAUGAAUUCAUGGAAUACAAUAAGAUUUGUUCUGCCAGACAGUGAUCAUGGAAGCAAAGUGGUCACAACUACUCGUUUUUCUAACAUUGCUAGGGAUGUUGGUGAUGUUUACAAUCUGCAACCACUUUCUCAUGGUAUCUCUAAAAAAUUGUUAUGUACAAGAUUAUUUGAUGAUGAAGGUAAAUGUCUGGAGAGACAAUCAGCUGAAGCAUCUGACAAUUUUUUGGAAAAAUGUGGUGGUAAUCCAUUAGGUAUCAUCGCAAUAGCUGGUUUGUUGGCAAGUAAGACUGAAGAUGACUGGUCUGGAAUAUACAACUCUAUUGGUUUUGAGGAUGGAAUUAAUGAUGUUGUCCAAAAUACUAGAAGGAUAUUGUCUUUUUGCUACUAUGAUAUGCCUUCUCAUCUAAGGACUUGCUUAUUAUAUCUAAGUAUAUUUCGAGAAGAUUAUGAGAUCAAUAAAUCUCUUUUGAUAUGGAAGUGGAUAGCUGAAGGCUUAAUUCAUGACGAACAAGAUAUAGGGCUAUUUGAGCUUGGGGAGGGGUACUUAAAUGAGCUGAUAAUUAGAGGCAUGAUCCUCCAACCAGUUGAGGCUCAUGGCACUGGGUAUGAAAUUGGUUGUCGUGUUCACGACAUGGUGUUGGAUCUUGUCCGUUCAUUGUCGAGUGAAGAAAACUUUGUCACUCUGUUAUCAAGUGAUGAGGAUCAUCAAAAUCUUUCAUUGACCGAUGCCAACAGAAUAGCUCUGCAAUCUAGAACUGUUGAAAAAUAUCACCCUCAGCUGGCUUAUGUGGACAUGGGGCAAAUGAGGUCAUUUGUUGCCAUUUUAUCCAAUAUCCCUGUGAUACCCCCAAGCUUUCAAGUUUUACGUGUGCUAGCUCUAGAAGAUUGCAAGUUCAUAGAAGGUUACACAAGCAAUGGCCUGGAGCAUCUUGGAAAGUUGCUGCAUCUAAGGUACCUUGGGCUAACAAGGACACAUGGUUUUCAUCGGCUGCCAGAAGAAAUAGGACAGGAUCUAAAGUUUCUGCAAACAUUGGACUUGUAUGAAACUGACUUAGAAGAGGUACCAUUCAAUGUCGGCCUAAUGACACAGCUUCUGUGCCUACGUGUUGAUGUGGGUACAAGAGUGCCCACUGGUUUGAUCACAAAUCUAACAUCUCUGCAGGAACUGUGGAUAUACCCUACUAUGAAAGGCUAUACCAUUGGAAGCCAGUUUGUGAAGGAUUUGGGUAAGCUGAGAGAACUAAGGGUUCUGAAGACUUGGAUUCUUGGGUGGGAUCAGAGCAUGGAAAUUGCUCUAGUGGAGUCUCUGCACAAUUUCCACAAGAUCCAGCAUUUGGAACUAAGCGGCGAAUCAUACUUGGGAAAGGGUGUAACAUGGGAAGCAGGAUUUCCAUCCUCUGUGCACCUAAGAUAUCUGUCUUUAGCAUGCAUGCAGUUAACUAGGCUGCCAGCAUGGAUGAACUCCUCACUUCUUCCGAACCUCAGUCAUUUAGUUGUGAAUGUGCAGUUCAUGCAAGAGCAGGACAUGGAAACCCUUGGGAGGAUGCCAGAACUUCGUAGCCUUGAACUACAGUCCUGCAACAAAAGAGUAGUGAACAUUAAAAAUAGUUGUGGACAUAUAGGUUACUUUCAGAAAUUGAGAUCGCUUAUAUCAUAUAGUAUAUUGAUCUUGUUUGGCCUAGAUCGCAGCGGUGUAGGAAUUGAUGCUCCUGCUACUAUGCCAAACCUUGAAUAUCUUCAGUUUACUGUUCAUGUGCGGUUCCUCAAAGAUGCCAACCAUGGUUUUGACAAGAUAAUCUCCGAAAACCUCUCC